UUUUUUCCCGAAAAACCGAUCAUUGUUUUAGGUUUGUGCAACUGCAGAUAGUGUAGAAUAUUUCAUCUUCUUGAUCGUUUGCUUGUCGAUACCGGUGGGCGGUGCCACCAUGGAUGAUAUGCACGUUGCUGCACGAGCACAGUUAGGGUUGCGAAAUCACAGCCACUGAUAGUGAAAUCAUGGCCGACAAUGGUUAACUGCGCGAAUAGACAAGAUAUCGACACAUUAUUUACUCCUGAUCUAACCGACAAUGGCAGAGACAGGACGGCAGGAGCGUGCCCUAGCUCUUCUUCUGUGUCAAGAGUUGUUCGUCGGUGGAUCUUCCUCAGCUCAUCUUCCUCUCAAUCUUUACUUUGAUUACUGGCGGAAAGAUCUAGAAGAGCACUGAUUGCGCCUCCAUGGAUCCCUACAAGGUGUUGAGGAUCUCCCGUAACCCUGACGGUUCCAUCACCAGAGAUCUCACUUUCCCCCUUUCUCCUCCCUCCUCCGACGCCGGAGUUCUCUGCCGCGACCUCCCCCUCAACCCUGCACGCCGCACCACUCUCCGCCUCUUCCUCCCCUCCCCUUCUCCUCCUCCCGCCUACUCCAAGCUCCCCGUCAUAGUCUACUUCCACGGCGGCGGAUUCAUCCUCUUCCGCUCCGCCACCGCUCCUAUGCACGCUCUCUGCGCCCGCCUCGCCGCUGAACUCCCCGCCCUAGUCCUCUCCGUCGACUACCGCCUCGCCCCGGAGCACCGCCUGCCCGCUGCCUUCGAGGACGCCAUCGAUGCCCUCUUCUGGCUCCGCGCCCAUGCCACCGGCGUCUCCACGGAAGGAAACCUGCCCCUCCCACUCGCCGACUGCGCCGACUUCUCCCUCUGCUUUCUCAUGGGCAACAGCGCCGGCGCUACCAUCGCCUUCCACGCCGCCGUCCUUGCGGCGGCGCUUCCGGAGCCAUUGGAUCCUGUGAACAUCGCGGGGCUGGUGCUGGACCAGCCCUACUUCGGAGGAAUCGAGCGGACUGAGUCCGAGUUGAGGCUGAAGGACGACAAGAUCAUACCUUUGCCGGCGAACGACUUGAUGUGGGAGCUGGCAUUGCCGGAGGGCGCGGACAAGGACCACGAAUACUCCAAUCCGCUGAAGAACGAGGAGAAGCUGUUCGCAGGGCUGCGCAAUUUCCCACGGUGCCUGGUGAGAGGGCACACGGGAGAUCCACUCUUCGAUCGGCAAAGGGAGUUCGCGAGGAUGUUGGAGAGGAGAGGAGUGCACGUGGCGGCGAGCUUGGAGUCCGACGGCGUUCACGGCGUGGAGCUGUUCGAUCCCAGCAGGGAAGAGGAGUUGGUGACAGAGGUAAAGAGAUUCCUCUGCGGUGAAGAUGGAGUUGCAACUGCUUCUGCUGCUGUGAUCGCGUUGCAGAAAUUGUGAGCCCAUUGUUUCCCGAGGCAAUGCAGCAUCGUCAUCAAGCUCUGUGCUUCUUUGCUUGUUCUUCUCCAUGUGUUUGAUUUUUUAACAGUACGUUUUUCUUCUUGUUCUCGUAGUUUAUGAAAGCUUUUUCACUUAUCA